UCACAGUAUUCGUAAACCCUAAUUCUCUAACCGAUGAAGGAGAAGACAGAGAUGAAGCAAAACGACGACGAGGGAGCCGUAUUUCCAUCUGAGAAGGAUCAUUCAUCAUCGGUGUCCGAUUCCGACUCUAGUUACGAGGACUCUUCUGCAGAUGACGAUAACUCUUCUGACACACUGGAUUCUCAAUCCGAAUCCGAGUCAGAAGAUGGUUCAUCUGGCGACGAUAGCUCCGGUGAUUUUGAACCUGCAGAAUCUGGAUCAUCUCAGGAUGAGGACGUUGUCAACGCAGACGAUGAACAUGGUGGAAGUGACAUCUCUGACCUCCAUCAGGAAGGAGUUGAGAGUGAUUCCUCUGAGGAUGAGGUGGCUCCCCGAAAUACCAUUGGAGAUGUCCCCUUGAAGUGGUAUGAGGAUGAACCCCAUAUUGGAUACGACCUCAAAGGCAAGAAGAUUAAGAAAAAAGAAAAGCAAGACAAAUUGGGUUACUUUCUUGCAAAUGUUGAUGAUUCUAAGAAUUGGCGGAAGAUCUAUGAUGAGUACAAUGAUGAGGAAGUGGAGCUGACAAAAGAUGAAAUCAAAAUUGUCCGUAGACUGCUCAAGAAUCGGGCACCACAUCCUGACUUUGACCCAUAUCCAAAUUACGUAGACUGGUUUAAAUGGGAUGAUGCCAAGCAUCCAUUGUCUAAUGCACCUGAACCAAAAAGAAGGUUUAUUCCUUCGAAGUGGGAAGCUAAAAAGGUUGUGCAGUAUGUUAGAGCAAUUCGCAAGGGAUUAAUAACUUUUGACAAGCCAAAGGAGGAAGAUGGUCCAUAUCUCUUGUGGGGGGAUGAUUCUGGUUCAGCAGAAAAAGCAAAUCAUUUGGCUUACAUUCCUGCACCAAAGCAGAAAUUCCCUGGCCAUGAGGAGUCAUAUAAUCCUCCUUUAGAGUACAUUCCAACCCAAGAAGAGAUUAAUGCUUAUCAAUUGAUGUAUGAGGAAGACCGACCUAAGUUUAUUCCAAAGAGCUUUACUUCUAUGAGAAGCAUCCCUGCAUAUGAUAAUGCUAUGAAGGACUGUUUUGAACGCUGUUUGGAUUUGUACUUGUGCCCUCGAGUUCGGAAAAAACGUCUUAAUAUUGAUCCUGAAUCUUUAAAGCCAAAGCUUCCUAGUCGAAAGGAGCUUAAGCCUUAUCCCACAACUUGUUAUAUCGAAUAUAAAGGCCAUGAAGAUGCAGUUACAUCAAUUUCUGUUGAAGCUUCAGGACAGUGGAUGGCUUCAGGUUCAAGUGACGGAACUGUUCGUAUCUGGGAGGUUGAAACUGGCAGAUGUCUUAGGCGGUGGGAGGUUGGUGAAGCUGUUAAUUGUGUUGCUUGGAAUCCUCUGCCUGAUAUUCAUAUUCUGGCUGUUUCUCUGGGACAAGAUGUACUUCUAUUGAACACUUGUUUGGGGGAUGAAGAAGAACAGAAAAGGAUUAAGGAGCUUCUCUGGAUUGACUCAUCAAUAGCAUCAGAUGACUCUGGCACCAAAGUACCUAGUGUAAGCUGGCUUAAAGAUGAUAAACAUGCGGGUAUAAGGUUAAGGCAUUUAAAGACUGUUACUGCAGUUGAAUGGCACCGGAAAGGUGACUACUUCUCGACAGUAAUGCCAGCAGGUGAAUCAAGAGCAGUUCUGAUCCACCAGCUAUCCAAGAAGCUUACACAAAAACUUCCAUUUAAGUUACAUGGACUGGCUGUUAGAACAACCUUCCAUCCAUCCCGUUCCAUCUUCUUUAUUUGUACAAAAAGGAGUGUUCGUGUGUAUGAUUUAUUGAAGACCAAGUUCAUAAAAAAGCUUGAUACUGGGCUCCGUGAAGCCUCAUCUAUUGCAGUUCAUCCUGGAGGUGAUAAUUUGAUUGUAGGGAGCAAAGAAGGGAAGAUGUGUUGGUUUGACAUGGACCUUUCAUCUAAACCGUAUAAAAUUCUUAAGUGUCACCCAAAAGAUAUCAACAAUGUGGUCUUUCAUCGUUCAUACCCCUUGUUUGCUUCAUGCUCAGAUGAUUGCUCUGCAUAUAUUUUUCACGGAAUGGUUUAUUCUGAUCUCAAUCAAAACCCUCUUAUUGUUCCUUUGGAAAUUCUACGAGGCCAUACCCAUUCAAAUGGCAGAGGAAUAUUGGACUGUAAAUUUCACCCGAGACAACCCUGGUUAUUUACGUCUGGUGCCGAUAAACUGAUUAAACUUUACUGUCAUUAAGAUAAAUAUGGAUAUUCUACUAAACACAUGGAUGUGAUAGGCGGAUAACAUACAGUAGGGAAGCUCGUAACUUCAUUACCAAAUUUGUUCCUCCAUUAAAUAGAAAGCGCUGCUGGCCCGAAUGAAGGCACCUGGUGAGCGUGUUUAUGGCUCUAGUUUUCUGAAAUGCUUGUGGGAAAUCGCUCGAUAUAUAAUACAGUGUGAAAAUUUGUAUUCCUCGUUUCUCAUUUAUCUUUGCUGGGAUUUAUAUUUUAAAAACUUCGAUGCGAUUGAAAUGGAAGUGUAAUUUUGAUGCAAUUUAUGUAUGCCUAUUAGGGGCCAAUUAUUUUAGGGCAUCUAAUGAAUGCCUUAUUUUUGUGAGAUUGAAUGUGACAUUACUGUUUGUUGUACUAAAAUUGACUCUAUGUAAAGCAUUUUGCAGUUUUGACUUUGUACUGAAGCUUCCCCGUUCUCCCGUCCAAAGAAAAAAAACAAAAAACU